AUGCUCCUGAUCAACGUCAAACACCUGAGCAAGGACCUGCCCUCAGUCCCGGUCGAAGACGCCCCUCCAGCGUACGAACCGACCGCAUCUACGUCCUACAACCCGUACUCUCCGAACGCCGACUAUGUCUCCGCGGAGCUUACUGCCACUGACGUCGGCGUCGUCAAGGAGGAUACAACAUCCCCUCCCUCUCUGUCCCCUCCGGUCUCCCGGCCUUCGCUCAGAUAUCGCUCUUCCGACGGCGAUGUAACACCGUCGUUGCCGCAGCGACCGUCCAGCCGGCCCGCACGCAGCGAACUCAGUCUCCCUUCGUCUGUGAACCGAGAGGGUGACCACCGGAUCUCCCGUCCCUACAGCACGAUCCGUCUCUCGUCCGCUCCAUUGUUCGACAAGAGCGACAAACGCGGGUCGAUCAAGUCGGCCAACGGCGUGACCUCAGUGACGCUGGAUGCCUCGGAGAUCAUGUCCAGCUUCCUCCGUGAUCUUCUAACGAGACAAUUCGCCGUGGAGCAAUCCGUAGAGUUCGUCCUGAAAGGGUGCACUGAUGCGUGUCGCGUGUAUGGCCUUUCGCUGGCUGCCUUGCUGCAGGAGCCCUCUAUUGAGGGCCACACUCCGAUCUACUGGGCGGUGGUCAAGUGCGGCCCUGGUCCGCAGACUACCUUCACUCAUGAGCUGCUCGCGACAUUCCUCUCGUGCGCUGCUCCGCUCACCGAGACCGCACUCGCCGACAUACGACUCGCGUGCCUCGAGAAUCCUGACCAAGAGCUGUUCCAGUGGAUCCGGCGCUCGCGCGCCAUGACGCCGCUCUUUGGUGCUGCCGAGGUGCUCUUCAGCGGCGCGGUGCCCGAAGAUGAGGUCUUCGUGGAGGAGCUCCCCGGAGAGAACGACAUGUUCGUCGGCCACUUCCGCAUCCUCAUGUUCCAGAAGCGUAUGCGCGUGCUCAAGCAUGUUGGCCUCGAAUUCAUUGCCCGAGGUAGACUCUGGGGUCUUCAGGUGUAUGUCGCGUCGGCCGAGAAUGCCCGCAAAAUGCGGCAUGGCGCAAAGCCGGGAGCAUGGGUUGCUACGAUCUCGCUACUCGAGGGUAGUCAACCUGCUUGGGUCGACUCUGGGUUCAUAGUAUGCACGAAGGACAGCGCGGCCACUCGAUCCGAAGGCAACGACGCCAACUGGCUACGUCUUAAGUCCGGUCACCAGCUGAUGGCGCCUCCCCGCCUGAACUCAGUGAGCGCGUCGUUCAAAGAGGCAUUCGCCAUCGACUGCCUUUCAUCAGACGGCCCUUACGUCCAACCGGACGGUUCACUCAAUAUCAGGUUGGAGGCCAGUCUCAAGAAGCACGAUUCGGGGUGCAUCAUCUGCUGA